CGAUUUGUCAAGCCAACAGCAUAAAUUUCCAUGGGCACAUGCCACUGUUCGACUCCCCAGCAUGUGAAAUUUGCCCAUGUUGAUCGCAAGUCAACUGAUGAUGAGGAUGAGACUGAGACCAAUCUUGACUUUGAUACGCAGCUCAGGCACCCGGCUUCCCCAGUAAACUUGACAUAACCCGUAUAUGCACAACAUCAGGCCUCUCUCCUCUCAUUGGGAAGAGUACUAGACCCCAAUCCCAUUGUUCCUGAACGACAGGGCGUUGUCGGCAUCUGCCAUCAGCAAACGACCUAGCCAAGAGCCUCCUUCGGCUCGGCUUGCCGGGCGCGGGCCAAGCCAUCGCCCGCCACGUCAACUGCCUACAGAGUGCGGUCUUCGCCUUGACGCUGAGAUCAAACCCGCCGGUGAUAUCACCAAUCCAUACAAACCAGUUCAAUUUACAAGUAAAUCACUACUUUCAAAACACCAUAUUCCGAGUUAACCAUCCCGCCCACCAAAACCACCAUCACCCAACCUUAUCUCCCGCCACAACCCCUCACCUCACUCACCAAAAGUAUCAUAUCACCCACACCAUGGGCAACCUCUGCGGCAAACCCUCCUCGGACGCUUUCUCCUCCCCCGGCCGCCGGCUGGACUCCGCCCCUCCCCCCGGUAAACCCUCCUCCGCCUCCGUCCCUCAGUCAGUCUCCGCCGCCAAAACCUCCAAAGCCCCCCCGAAAGUCGGUGGUCCUUCCCGGACCCUGGGCGGCGGCGGUGAUCCCUCUUCAUCUCAAGAUGACGCGAGGAGAAAAGCUGCAGAGGCAGCAGAAGCCCGUCUCCAGCAAUCCAAAAAGGGCGGCAAGCUACAGGCCCAACUGGAUAAAGACAAGGCCAAGACCAGAGUCGAUACCCUCAAGGACGCGAGUGAAAUUGAGAGGCGGCAUCGGGAUGCGGACAGCAAUGCUGAGAUUUUGCGGAAUUCCUAGAUUCCCUUCUUGUUUCAUGAGGUCGGGUGGUUAAGGUGGCGUUUUGGGUGUUGUGAGAUGCCAUUGUUUUGCAUACGUUUUGUUUUUGUUUUCUCAUCUCACUGGAGCAUCAUUUUGUACAUAUUUCACAUUAAGAGCAGCGGGCUACAGCAGGGUACAGUUGAUUAUCAAGUUGAAUUGUUACAAUACCCUCUCUCUCUACCUUCCAUAUACG